UAUAUUAAUUUAAUAUUAACAUACCUGUAAUUAUUAUUUAUUUUCACGUUUCAACUGGUUUGCAUAAUUUCCUCCUGUAAAUAUUUCUCUAAUAUAAAAUUCAAUUACCAAUUAUGUAUUAUACUCGUCAUCAUUUUGUAUCUUUUCAUUAUAGAAAUUCAUUUAAUCUCUUUUAAUUCGUUUUUAACUCGUUUUUUUUUCAACUAACCCGAGUGGAAUGAUCCCAGAGCGUGUAUGUAAAUACGGCCGUGAUAAGAAUAAUCAAAUUCGCGCUCGGCGUCGCUCGGUGUCGCCGUUUCGAAAUUCCCUAUAUGUGCAGUACGGUUUCUUAUCAGGGAAACCCCUCCAGCGCGGGGCUUCAGUCGCCCACCAACCCUCGGCGAGUCGAUAUCGGACGACGGCGCAGCCGUCUGGCGAGAGAGUGCCGCGUCGCGACGCCGCGCGCCGUUCCGCGAUACCGCGGUGUUUUCGUCAAUGGCUUAUUCGUGAGUGCGCCGUCCGGAGCACCUUCGUCGUGUUCCUCGCGGAACGUUCCUCGAGGAUCCUCGCUUCGAGAAAAGAGCGAGAAGAAACGCCGCAGCCACCGCCGUCGCCGUCGCCGCUCGUACCGUCCGCCCGUUUCCGUCCGCCGCGCGAUGAAAAUGUAGACUGAAGGCUUUUAUGUCGAUUAAUUUUCCACGCCGCCUGGGCUUUCGGUAUAUCGAGAAAUCGCGCAAGUUUGCUCCGCAAGUGUAGUUAAGCGCCGGCGGUCGAGCGCGGUCGUACGCUGAUUAAUCGAGAGAUGAUCGCGCACGAUCGCGGAACGAUUCACCAAGCUCGCGGCGAUCGUGCGGUGUCCGUCGGUGAGCGUCGAGAGUGAAGUGCUUGCGUUAAUCGGGAGGUGGUGGGUCCGCGAA